AUGUCGGAGAGGAGGGUGAACGGCAUGACGGACGAGAAGCCCCUCUCUGUGCCCCGGGACAUCGACCUCCACCUGGACACCAGCCCCAUCACUGCUGUUGCUGCUCUAGUGCUGCGUUAUUUCCUGGAGUACCAGUGGUUCGUGGAUUUUGCCCUCUACUCCACCGCCGUGUACGUCUUCACCGAGGGCUACUACUGCCUGCUGGACCCCCAGAAGGAGAUGAACAUUGGGGUGCUCUGGUGCCUGCUGACUGUCUUCUUCUCCAUCAAGGUCUUCUUCACGGUGAUGCGCCAUUACUUCUCCUCAGAGGAGGGGGGGGAACGCUCUGUCUGCCUCACCUUCGCCUUCUUCUUCCUCCUCCUGGCCAUGGUGGCCCUGGUCAUCCGUGAGGACUACCUGGAGUUCGGCCUCGAGCCCGGGCUGGCCAGUGUCAGCAACAACCUGGAGAGCAUCCUGAAGCAGCGGGGCUGGGAGUGGAUGUUGCCCCUUGCCAAGCUGGCCUUCAAGCUGGGGCUGGUGGCCCUGUGCUCCUUCCUGGGUGCCUGCCUGACCUUCCCGGGGCUGCGCCUGGCCCAGACCCACCUGGACGCCCUCCAGAUGGCAGCUGACAAGCCCCUCCACUCCUGGGGGCUGUACCCGGAGCCCCCUCCUCUCCCCCCAGCAGUGACGGCGGCGCCGCGUCCCGGGGGCCAGGACGGGGAGGACGUGCGUGUGGCCGUGGAGCAGAUCACCAGUUACCUGGCAGCCUCCUGA